AAGUGUUCCCGUCUCCGAUGACCAGUAACGAGCUGUCUCAAAUUCCCAUUUCUGCACCAAAGAAAAAACAAAAAAAGAAUCAAAAUUUCAAGCUUUCUUUACUGCUUUAAAACCCUAAAUUUCAAUCAUAUAUAGAGAUAUAUUGUAAUUUAUAAUUUAUAAGCUCAUGGGUUGCGCUUCUUCUCUUCCAGGUAGGAGUUCUGGGCGUUUGACUGGACUUAACAAUGCAGAGAAUUCUGGAGUGCCUGAUGCCAAAAAUCUACGUGUAAAGCUGGUCUUGUUAGGUGAUUCUGGAGUUGGGAAAAGUUGUAUUGUUCUUCGCUUUGUUCGUGGCCAGUUUGACCCUACAUCCAAGGUAACUGUUGGAGCUUCAUUCUUGUCCCAGACAAUAGCUUUGCAAGAUUCAACUACUGUUAAGUUUGAAAUAUGGGACACAGCUGGACAAGAGAGGUAUGCUGCAUUGGCACCUCUAUACUACCGAGGAGCUGGAGUUGCUGUCAUUGUGUAUGAUAUAACUAGCCCAGAGUCAUUCACCAAAGCACAAUAUUGGGUUAAGGAGCUGCAAAAACAUGGAAGCCCAGAUAUAGUGAUGGCUUUGGUUGGUAAUAAAGCUGAUCUUCAUGAGAAUCGAGAAGUACCAGUUCAAGAUGGCAUUGACUAUGCAGAGAAGAAUGGGAUGUUCUUUAUUGAGACAUCUGCCAAGACUGCAGACAAUAUAAAUCAGUUGUUCGAGGAAAUUGCUAAGCGACUUCCCCGCCCAUCAUCUUCAUGAUUGGAGGACUGUAAGACUGAAUUAACUACAUAGAUUUUAAUGUUCUGGAUAGUUGUAAUAUUAAGUUUGUGAAUAUUGUGGUAUACGUGACCCUUUGAUGUAUUCUUACUCUAUGAUAUAAUUCUGAGUCCGAUUGAAGACAUUCAGUUGCUAUUAUCAGCACAUAAACCUGCACAUACUCGAUUGAUUGGUUGUAACCAUUAAGAUUUUAUAUCUGACAAUCAUGUCAAAAGGAGUGACAUCCCCAUGUAGAAAAGGAUCUAUAUGUUAUUGCUUUAUGCCAUGUUCCACUCACUUCACAGCC